AUGAUCACCUACGUACCUCAAGGAGGUGGGACUGGGUCUCUCAGAAGCCCAGUACAGGUCGCCUUCUACGGUGCACCCCUUUGGGUAGACUCCCUCACCGCUCGUAACAAGGCUCUUCUGUGGAGAUCGCAGAGGGUCACAGCGGUAAGAGCGAUACGGGGUUGCCGUAUGGUGACGUGGACGGCGGCGACACUUCUUGCGAGCGAUUCGCCCUGGCUGACGCAGGUGCUUACCGGGAACGGCUGCUUCGGUAAGUAUCUGCACCGGAUAGCGAGGCGUGAGAUGGCGCCCUCCUGCGGCGGCGCGCCUUCGGAUACGGCCCGUCACACCCUGAUUGAGAUUGCCGCAUGGGGGCCUCAGCGCCAUUCCCUGGCGGUCAUUGUAGGCGGAGAACUCUCGCUGCCGAGCGUGAUAAAUGCUAUGAUCGACAACGAGAGUUGCUGGAAGGAAAUGGUCUUGUUCUGUGAAAACGUGAUGACACAGAAGGAGGCCGCGGAGCGGGAUUGUGAGAACAGUGCUGCCGACCCGCUUCGCUGA